AUGGUGCACGUUGUUUUUGAUACUAGUACAGUAGGAUAUGACGAUUUUGUCCAAAACAAUCCUAAUGAGAUGUCCGGUGGUGGAGAAAUAUCAUAUGAUUAUUUUCGAGGGUCUUCCCCCUUCCAAAGAGGAUAUGGUAUUCAAAAAGGAGCUGGAGUCGGUGAUGUUAUGCGCGGACUAUGGCGUUUCUUUCUUCCUGUUCUUCGCAAUGUUGGAAAUACUGUAAAGUCAGAAGCAAUUAACACAGGGCAACGCGUUCUUGAAAGAGUUAGUCAGGGUGAACCAAUCAAAGAAGCUUUCAUUAGUGAAGGAAAGAAGGGUGUAGAUACUGUACUGGAGAAGGGAGGCCUACCUAAACAAUUUGGUUCUGGAUUUGUUAGAAAAAAGGGUAUAAAAGGGAGAAAAUUACCUAGUUAUCAAACAUUAAUUGGCAAACCGAUUAAAAAAAGAGUAAAAUCAGACGUUUUUGGUCUUUACUAA